CACACGCAAAACCAAAACAUAAACAAAAACAAAAGUUGCCGAAAUUCCAAAACCCAGCUACAAACAGCAACACCAACUUUUAAUCCAAUUCUUUUCCUUAUCUAUCACAACUGCUUCAACGCUAAGAAACUCUCACAGGCACACAUAAUUAAAACAAAAACAAAAAACAUUAAAUGCGUUGUUUUUGUUGUUAUGUCUUGAAUCCUAAUUUACUGUUUCAACUUUCAAUCCAACCAAUUCAUCAAACAAAAUCAACCCCAUUUCAUCUUUCAUGUUCAAACACCCAAAUCCAACUUCAAGUUAAAAUCUUUUUUGUUUUUUCUCAACUGGGUAGGUAGUAGGUACCUCUCAAUUUUUCAAUGGCUUGUCCUUCAAAUUCCAUCACCUACAAUGAUACCCUUUGUGCCUGUGCACCUGGUUAUGUUCUCAACCUUGUUGCAAAAAGUUGCAACCUCUUCGACGCAGAUUCAACUAUAACCACAGAUUCUGGCGUCGACUACUAUGCUUUUAGACUCCCCGAGACACUUUCUGGCUUUGAUAACAUCAAGAAGUUUACACAAUCACAAGCUGUGUUCUUGGAAGCCACGCUUGUUAUGCUUCUCUCUUGGCUUCUCUUUUGCUUUUUUCUUAGGUUCAUGACCCUUGGUGAUGGCCGUGGUGUUUGGUUCAAACUUAGAUGGUUUAUCAGUCGGUUGGAUGUUUGCUUUGCUACCAGACAUUGGUUGGAUGAUAAAAAAGUCGUAACCAAACGCAAAACUGAACUUGGUGGAGCUUUCUCCAUAGCAAGUUGGAUACUCUUUAUCGGUUUAUUUGCUGCGUUGUUGUACCAGAUCAUAUCGAAGAGAUCGAUUGAGGUUCAUAAUGUAAGAGCAACAAGUGCGCCAGAAUUAACCUCGUUUCUCAAUGACAUGGAGUUCAAUAUAACAACUGUAUCUAGUAUGAACUGUGCAAAUCUGCGUGAUCUCGGUAAUUUAGUUUCGGGGAAUCCAGGCUUUAUUGACGAAAGAGUUGUUUCUCUGUCAACUUUAGUAAACUACGCAUGUCAUAACUCGAGCAAGGGACCAAUCAUAGCACUUAAGUGUAAAGGUUGCAAGCUUGUCUCCGAUCACAUGUACAUUUCGUGGCAGUUUGUUGAUCUCCCAAAUAGUCCUGCCACUGCUGUUGGCUAUGAAUUUCAUCUCGCUGCAACGGAUAGUGCUAAGAAACACGUGAGUUUUGUUAAUGGGACACUAAAAAACGGAAGCGCUUUUGAUGAUAGACCAGUUACGUUCAGAGGGAGGCAAUCAAAUAUUUUGAAAUUCAAUCUUUUCCCUCGAAUAUACCAUAAUUUACACGAUCUAAAACUCAUUCAGCCUUUGUUUCACGAGUUCCUCCCUGGUUCAGUUUUUCGUGAUACAAGUCAAUUACGAACGUCGCUUGAAAAUUCUGUUGAUGGACUAGUCAACACAACAUUGUAUAUCAAUUUUCUAUCUGCUUAUGUUGUGGAGGUUGAUAAAGAGAAUAUGUUGGGUCCUGUGAGCUUCCUUGCAGACCUUGGUGGCCUGUAUUGCAUUAGCAUAGGCAUCUUUUUCUAUCUAUUGAUACAGUGCGAGUAUAGGGUAAAGAAGCUCAGAAAUGAGGACAGUGUUUUGCAGUCAAUUAGAAAUCGGCGUAAAGCUCAAGAUAAUUGGGCCAAAUUGAGAAAAUAUGUAAAGUACACCUACGGCUGUCCUACAAUGGAUGAUGACAACUACGAUAAAUCUAAAAAUAAACCUUGUUGCGAUGGGUUAAUGUUGCAUUCAGUUCGCGGCGGUGGAUCAUCACGUAAGCGAAGGCAGCAGAGUAGAGCAAGUUCUAUAAAUUUGUACAAGAAACCGAGUUUACCUGCCAACAAGACAUUGAGCAGCAAACCGGUUGAAUCUACAAAUGAUUCGACACUGCGUUAUGAAAAUACGGCAAAGAAUCAUAGUGUUGGUUCAAGCAGGGAUUUCCCACGAUCACAGCCUCGAGAAUCGUCUAUUAUUGAUGAUAACUUUAUUCCUCCUCCACCUUUGCUGGAAUGCAAGAGUGGUUCUGAAAUGGAUAUGUCUGAUCUUCAAAAGAAUCUCGAAAAUUUAUAUGAGUAUAAUGCUAUGUUAAGGGAGAGAUUGUUAGCUGCACAGUCUUUGCUCCAAUCUUCAUCAUCUAAUCACUCUUCUCAAAUAAAAAGCAAUGGAACUUAGCAUAGGUAUCUCUGCAUCAAACGACAGUCAUUAUCGAUGCACAAUCAUCAGACCGUUCCAUGAGUUUUAAAAGCAUAAUUGAGAACUGACCAAAGGGAAUUCAUGAUUGUAAAAAUAUUUGCAAGUCAGAGAAUCUGCUGCACGAAUCUCCUCAAAAACCAUAGCUGAAUAUUCCUGCAUCAAAAGCUGCUGCCUGUGUGUGAACAAAGCACGCUGAUCCGCAUCUGAUUAUGUCCGACAUUCUUUGAUGAUUGUCUCUGUCGUCGGAUAUUCUUUGACGCUCUUCUGAAAGAGAUUUUCUAUGUUCAUAUACGUUUAUUAAACCUUGUAUAGGCAAUGCUGUAUUUUUUUUGUAAAGGAGAUUGACACUGAACUUUUUUUAUGCAGGAAUUAGUUAUGUGAAUGAAGAGUUCUUCAUAAUGUAAUAUAAUUUUCAAUUUUUGUCC